UGACUAGUAGCAGUAAAGCUCUUUGGUUGGCUUAGACUUUUGUGUGAGGUAAGACAUGAGGAAAUUGAGGGAAUUACCUAUUUUCAAAGUUUGAAUUACGCCAACCAACAAAAAAAAUAUUAGCUGUUACAGAAACAGAGGGAGAGAGAAAAUUAAGAAAGCCGAUUUCUUUUUCAUUCCUUUAGUUUCUUUAUUGUCCCCCUUCUGUGGCGUGUCAUAGAGGGGUUUGAUGAAAAGGGUUUUGUUCUGAUUAUUUUAAGGACAAAGUUUUGAGCUUUAACGAGCCUUCUCUCGUGGGUUUUGUUUUGAUUCUAAUUUUGAGGAAGGCUCUGCUUUGAAUUUGGUGAUUGUUGAGAAAAUGAUACGUUGGUGGAUAUCUGCUCUCGAAUUAACGGAGCUGUUUGUGAGUACUUUAGUGCAUUUGGUGUAUGGUUUUUACAUAUUUAGCACAGCUGUGGCCGGUGAUCUUUCACAAACUUUAAAUGAAUGGUUUUACAAGCCUAAUAUGAACAUUGUUGUCAAAGAGGAAGAGUCGAGAGGGAUUUCAAAAACAACCACCAGCGGCGAUGACUUGCCUCCUAUUGUGUUGGUCCAUGGAAUCUUUGGAUUUGGCAAAGGGAGACUGGGAGGUUUAUCCUAUUUUGCAGGGGCUGAAAAGAAAGAUGAAAAGGUUCUGGUGCCUGAUUUGGGGUCCUUAACCAGCAUAUAUGAUAGGGCAAGAGAGCUGUUCUAUUAUUUGAAAGGUGGGCAAGUUGAUUAUGGUGAAGAACACAGUAAGGCUUGCGGGCACUCCCAAUUUGGAAGGAUUUACGAACAAGGGCAUUAUCCUGAAUGGGAUGAGAAUCACCCAAUUCACUUUGUCGGUCACUCUGCCGGAGCACAGGUUGUUCGAGUUCUGCAGCAAAUGCUUGCAGACAAGGCGUUUAAGGGCUAUGAGAACACUUCUGAGAAUUGGGUAUUAAGCCUCACAUCCUUAUCUGGAGCCUUCAAUGGAACUACAAGAGCAUAUUUAGAUGGAAUGCAGUGAGUACUUUCCCCGAUUUGGCUUUUAUUUGGAU